AUGUCCUACAACAAACAGUACCAGCCUGUCAGAGGCGAAGCUCCUCAGGGCGACUAUGAGCUCAUCGACGUCGAUCCUCACUUCAACAGAGUAGUAUCUUACUUCAGAGCAUCGGAUUUGGGUCUUUGGGCUGCCACAACUGCAGCCUUCCCAGUUUCGUUGGUUGCAUGGGAAAAGUUGGAGCCCGUGGCCGGUGCUUUCAAGCAGCCAGGCAAGGUUCCACCAGGAGCAUUGAGAGCUGCAUCAUUGAUGGGCUUUUUUGGUGGCUUCUACCUUGCAUACGUGAGAUCGUCUAGAAGAUUCUUGGGAUGGUCUGAAAACGCCAGAGAGGUCAAGAAGGACAGAUACGAGAUCAAGAAGUUGUUGUCUCAGGAGAAGUUGCCAUACCACGAGAACGAGAGUGUGUUGGACGACAGAAUGAAGGACAUUGCCAACAGAAACUCGCAAUAUGCUUUCACAGCCAUGGCCGUUUUGCCAUGGUUCAACUUGGCAUACCACCCAUACCACGGUGUGGACAUCAAGAAAUACUAUGAGACGAGACCUGGUGAGGAGGAAUGGGGUUUUACUUUGAAGCCAUACGAAGAGAUCAAGGCAAAGUAUGCCCACGUUAUUGAGUAG